CCGAGAUAUGACCGCACACACACACACACACACACACACACGGAAUCCCCUCCUCUGCAACCUCUCGACUGCCCCCCUAUAGAACCCUCGGCCGUGAACAACAGCACCACCGCCUAUACAAUGCCGGAAAUUCCUCCUGACCCAUCAAGCUCGCGUUUGAUCAACGGCUCAAAAUCCGAAAGGAAAAAUGAAAAGAAAAAGAAAACCCCAGUUACAGAACCCUCAUCACCACCAUCAUCAGUAUCAUCAUCAAAUAAUUGUUCUUGUUCAAGUUCGAAGAUAAAGGGUCUCAAGAUUUUGAAGAAUUCUAAAAAAAUUCGAGUUGGGUCAACCACGAACCGGAGAAGUACGAAUUUCAGAAAUGUUAAUGUCGAUACCCUUGCUCUUCCUCUGGGAAUGUCAAUUGCUGCUGUUGUUUCCCAGGUUUUGGACAAGAAAAAUGCAUCUGGAGAGAAGAUAUCUGUGGAUUAUCUGACUGAGAUUUGCACAUUGGCUGUCAGAGAGUCUCUAGCAAAUGUUUUUGGUGAUAAAUUUGAUGGUUUUGUGAGGAAUUUUGAAACCUCAUUCCGAAGCACCUUCAUGACUCUAAGAUUAAUCUACGGAUCCUCCCAAAGUGUCAGAGGCGAUGGACAAUGGACACGGUUAUCUAACAGUAACAAACUACAAGAUCCCGUAUGCAUCUCUGAUACUAUAGAUGGGUUGGAAUCAAUUCCACAUACUACCAAUAGCGAUGAACAAAUACGCACUCAUGAGCAUACAGAAGAGGAUAGGCCAUUGGAUUUGAUAAAUCAGCAACUUGUUCUGCAUGAUGGACGUACUAGUCAACAGUUGGCUUGUUCUUUGAGCACCGCAUCUCAUUCUGAAGUAAACCAAUCGAUGUUCAGCACGUUCGAAAAAUCAGUAAUAGAGCAAACUCGUUCUAAUGACCUGAAGGCAUUUGAGAUUAGUCUUGCUAUGAAAAAGCUGCAACUUAAAGAAGCCCAACUGGCUGUGCAUUCGGAUGCAAAUUUCUUGGAAAGAUGUAAAAUAUCUAUGGGUUUUUCUAAGGCUUCCUUUAAGGAGGAAAAAUUCAAAACUCAGUUACUCGAUACAAGACAAAUGGAGUUGCUUAAAAAAUGCUUAGACUUUCUAGUUGCAGGUUUGAUCACCAUGUUGUUAUCCCUUGGGUAUGGAGCUUAUGUUUAUUCUCAUAGAAGAAUAACAGAAGCAACAGAAUCGUGCUCACCUUUUAAGGAAACCAAGUCUUGGUGGAUGCCGAAAUCAAUGGGAACUUUCAGCUCGGGUCUACAAUUAUUAAGGUGUCAAGUUCAAGUUUUAAGUCGCAUGUUGUUUGCCGGACUAUUGAUCGGAGCAAUUGCCUUCUUACUUAUUCAGAGAUCUGCUGUAACAAAUCAGACUAUGCCAAUUACUUUCAUAAUGUUGCUAUUAGGAGUUGGAUGUGGGUAUGCAGGAAAAUUUUGCAUUGAUACAUUGGGAGGCAGUGGAAAUCAUUGGUUAAUGUACUGGGAAAUUUUAUGCUUGCUGCAUUUCCUAUCCAAUAUUUGGACUUCAACUUUGUUUCUUAUUCUCUAUGGGUCCAUCAAAGUCUCAGACAAGGUGAAUGACAGUAAGAUAUUUCCAUAUUGGAUAAGGAGGUUUAUGUUCUUCGCUACUCUGCUGCUUCUCCCAUUGUUGUGCGGUUUUUUGCCUUUCGCGAGCCCUGGUGAAUGGAUCAAUCAUUUUUCAUCAUGGGCUGUACGUUUUGUGUCAGAUGAAGAUUGAUUCUAGGACUGAUUAGAUAGCACCGGAUAUACAACCGAGUUCAUUAUAUUGUCUAGUCUUGUUGAGUAGUGCUUACUGAAUGUUCACGAAGUGUACAGAUUUCCCCUGAUUGGCCUCAAGUCCAAGCAAGAGCACAAACCUGUUGUCUGAUGUAUAUGGGGCGUGCCAACAUCAUAGAUUAUUAUAUGUUUUCGAGGACAUAUACCACAGAGAAGAGUGCUGGCAAGGAUGUAAUUUUAUUGUCCUAGGCUCGUUUCAUUUCAACUCUUGUUAUGUACCAUAGUUUAUUAUUACGGUCUAUUUCUCUGUUAUUUAUCUCAACACAAGGAGUCCUGGGUUUUCCCGUCUCAUCUUGUCGAAUGAUAUUAUCUCUCGGGUUAUUGUAGAGUGUCUUCAUUGCUGUGAUAAUUGAAAUGUAUUUAUUGAUCUAGUGAAGAGUUUAUAUUCAAAACUUGUAUUGCC